GGCAGUGGAGAUGUGCCUUGCAAUAGGGCAGGUUAAGGGAUUGUGGCCUUCCACUCAGUGUUGCUUUAUUCACGGCAUGUGUGGCAGAGAGACCAUACAGACCCCAGUGGGAUCUAGGUUUAUGAGCCAUGCUAGAGAGCCCCUGCUCCAAACUGAAAGGGUGCUUGACCCUGCUAGGAUCCUUGACCUCUGCAGGAGACCACAUUAACCACUGCAGACACCCCAAAGCAUGGGGUGGGCCAGGAGAUUAGCCAGGAGGGGGAAAUCUUGGUGUUCAUGGCUGACCCCAACUGCUCUCUCCACCCUUGGAGUAGGGAAGCCAAAUAGCUGGAGGAGGCAGCUGAAUUUUGCCCUCCACAUGAUUGUGGUUCCACAUGACUGUGGUUCUUGACAUUGUACCACUGCCUUUAUUCGAGUAAUGUAGCUGUCGCUGUUUUAGCCAUCACAUCCGUGAGGAAGCAUAGCCAGACUGCCCCUGCAAUGCAGAGAGGUUAGUUUAUCUUUCUAGUCGUACCUGAUGGUGGAGCGAUAGGGAUCCCCUGCCUUGCUUUAGAGGGAAUAAAACUCAUUUCCGGUGGUUUCAAGAGCUCGGGGUGCUGAGGUACCUAACCAUGGCAGUGCUGGGCAAACAACAGGCCACAGGCAGGUUCUUCAGGUUAUUUUUUAAAUAUUCCGAACUGAAGUCCAUACUUUGCAGCUAGUAUGUGACUGGGGCAAACAUGUUUUGCAGAGUAAAUUGUGGUACUGUCAGAAAGCAGUGACACAGGUUAUCCCGGACCUGGCCAUUGCUGUCUUGUUAUUGCAAUGCAAAACCAACAUCAAUUUUUCUAACUGCUAAAGGGAGACUGUGCUUUCUGAGUUACUGGCUACAAAGCAAGAGAAAUACAUAAGGAGGGUAUGGCUAAAAGAUAUUACUUGGAAAUGUUGCUGCCAGAAGAGAAUAAAUUUUAAUUUAUUGCAUUAUUAUUUAUAUUAACUUUCAAGUGUCUUAUGCGUGAUACUCAUUCCAUGAGAGUCCUGGCAGAUAGUAAUGUUACAACCUUCACUGCCUUCUCACUAGCCUGUCAGAGGCAAAGACUUACUUUUAUGAUACUGAGUUCGCUGUAAUAAUUUUAAGAGAAGCAAUUUCUAACAGUGGCAGAGCCCCCGUACAAUUUCUGCUGAUUGAGUGCAUCGUCCUUGCCUUCAGCCAGGGGAACUGGUACAACACCAUUGCCUUUAGCAGAGUCAUGACAGUUUGCAUCUGCUGAGUUGUGGCUGAUAAACUCCUACGUAUGGCAUAUAAUUUUCUUCACAGAAAGAGAUGCAUUUGCCCUUUGAUAGAUCGGUGUGAUAACUGGCUUGAAAAAGACUUCCAGAAACAUUUAUUUUGUUAUGUGUGGUGCUCCUAAACGUUAGGAAUAUUAUUCUCUCAGGCAGCCAUCAGCCAGCCUGGUGAGUACUGCUGGUUGAGCUAUUAUUAACAAACACUUUUCAAGUCAAAUGUAAUUGUUUAUUUUACAGUGGAAAGCACUUGCAAUUCAUAUGGACACAGUGGGAUUUUGUUAUAAGCCAAUACAAUGAAAGGCUGUGACAAUUUAUGUGAUAACAGUGUGCAGAUUGUGAGUGAAUUACAAUUACAUUGAACCUUAGCUGAGGUGAAGUUGUUCUGUCGAGAGCUCCACUGUUACCAUGUUUCAGAAAAGAGUUUUAACAACUCGAGGGCCCAGUUCAGCUUCUGGGAAAUGAAUGAGGUGGUUGCUGUCAUCUUCAGAGUGAAAAAGGACCAAGGACACCACAGUUUGGAACUGUGAACUAGAGUGGGAAAAUUACAAUGGGUAAAUAGCCAGUUAUUUUCUCAGAAAAUAAUUUUAAAACACCCUGAGUGUACUAAAGAAUUCAAGUCAAUUUACUGUAGGCUUUUGUCAGAUCAUGUCCUUUCUGAAGGAGGGAAACCAGGAAAAGAGAGAGUAGAAAAAUAGGGUGUGGGUCAUCCCUUUAAAUCCCUUUGCAUUCUUCUGGGAUGUGGUUUGCUCCUCCCCUCAUCCUCUUGAGAGACACUUGAAAAUAUAUUUCUCACUUUUUAAGUGCCCCAAGCAGACUGCUGGGUUGGCAGUGGCUCACACAUUUUUCUGGUCUUCAGAAAACUGUAUAGGAUCAUAAAAUCAUAGAAUGGAUCUGAUUGGAAGGGACCUUAAAGAUAUCUGGUUCCAUCCCCCCUUCCCUUGAUACCUCUCUUUUGAAAGUGUCUUUAAUGUGCUUGGAAAAUGCUCAUUGAGUAAAUAAAUGGUAUGGUUUAAGAGCUCUAGCUCUUAAAAGAUUCCCCAAACUAAGCUACUUAAUUAUGGGCCAAUGGAAAUUGUCCUGGUAUCCAGUACAAAUUCUUAUUUUUUUUACCUUUCACAGAAAAAAAAAAAAAUACAAAUUUGGUUCAGAUGAAACAAGUUCUUUCCUCAUCCCUAUCCUGGUUUUCAUAGAAAACUGAAACAUUGGUUGUUUUUUCAUCCUCAGUGCAUACAUUUGGGGCACGGGCCUCAAUUCUCAUUGGAUUAUGCUGCAACAAAACUCUUACAUUUUUGGUAAAACAAGCCUGGUUUGCAAGCCACUCUCCCGAAUUAAUAUGCAAGGCUUGCUGGAGCUGGGGAUACACAACGCCUGCCCAGAGGAGUGCUGGGAGGAGCGUGGCUUGAUCUCCCUCUUGUGGAAAAUUAUUGGAACUAUAUUCUCGUGAUACUGAGGAAAGAAAAGUCCAGCAUCCUUAAGGGAACAAAUGAUGGCAGCAGUUACCAUGCCACCUUUUGCUCUUGUCAGCCCUCAAGGAAAUGAAGAGAUGGACUCUCUAAUUGUACUGCAUUAUAAUUACACAGGAAAGCUUAAUUCAAGGGAAAAGGCAACUGGUAAUAUAGACCUGCCCGCUAUUGCAUUUCUAAUCCUAUGUAGUUUCAUAGUCCUGGAAAACUUGAUGGUGUUGAUUGCCAUAUGGAAAAACAAUAAAUUUCACAACCGCAUGUACUUUUUUAUUGGCAAUCUAGCUCUCUGUGAUCUUUUAGCUGGGAUUGUUUACAAGGUAAACAUUCUUAUGUCUGGGAAGAAGACUCUGAGCUUAUCCUCCACAAUCUGGUUCAUUAGAGAAGGCAGCAUGUUUGUUGCCCUGGGAGCCUCCACUUUCAGCUUGCUAGCCAUAGCUAUUGAGCGACAUUUAACCAUGAUUAAAAUGAGGCCUUACGACGCAAAUAAAAAAUACAGGGUGUUCCUUCUCAUUGGUACAUGCUGGCUUAUUUCAAUUUCCUUGGGUGCCUUACCCAUCCUCGGCUGGAACUGUAUAAACAACUUACCAGAUUGCUCGACAAUUUUGCCUCUGUACUCCAAGAAGUAUGUUGUGUUCUGCAUUAGUAUCUUCAUAGCCAUUUUGGUUGCCAUUGUCAUCCUUUAUGCCCGUAUCUACAUACUGGUUAAGUCCAGCAGUCGCAAUGUCACCAACCACAAUAACUCGGAGCGCUCCAUGGCGCUCCUUAGGACUGUCGUGAUCGUCGUUAGUGUCUUCAUUGCCUGUUGGUCUCCACUCUUCAUCCUGUUCCUCAUCGAUGUGGCCUGCAGAGUCAAGGAGUGCUCUAUCUUGUACAAACCCAACUGGUUUAUUGCUCUGGCGGUCAUCAACUCUGCAAUGAACCCAAUCAUUUAUACCCUGGCCAGUAAGGAAAUGCGUCGCGCCUUCUUUCGCCUUGUCUGUGGCUGCCUGGUGAAAUCCAAGGUGGCCAGAUCUUUGCCUAUUCAGCCCACACCAGAUCACAGUCGAAGCAAAUCCAGCAGCAGCAACACCCAGAAGCCAAAGGAAGAUUUCCCACCAAUGAAUGUUCCCUCGUGUAUCACUGAGAAAAAUGAAUCUCCGUUUCACAAUGGGAACUUCUGUAAGUAAAGGACUCCUGAAGACAAGUACUUUUCCAUGGCUUUUAGAUUUAAACUACACAUGAAGUUUAAAUAUUCAUGCACUUAAAUCACAGAGGAAAACACUAACCACUUAUUUAACUUUGAGGACUUAUUUAUCAACAAUCAUGUGUUUUGGGUGUUCAUUCAGUAACGCACCUGAUUCAGAAAAAAACCUUUCAUGCUGCCCAACAGCCAGGACAGAGUCCAUGUACAUCUAAGGACAUCACACACCACAAUGGCAUUGCAUGCUGAGACUGUGUUUGGCACUUACUCAUUUUGGAAGACAUCACUAAAACCUGUUAGAAACUUUGGAUUUACUAAAGACUGCUGAUGUUUGGAAGAUGAACCCGAUUAUUGUCAGCUGGGAGAAGAAUUCAUUACAUAUGUUGUAAUGUUGACUGUAGUUCUCUAUAUGUAUCUUGCUGUUAUGUUAAUGGCCUUAUAUAUAUGUGGUAUAAAUAGCUGUAUAUUUGUACAAUUUCUUACUAAAAAUUCAUUGUUUGGUGAAAGUUUACAAUAUGCUAAACAUUGUAUUGCAGUAUACAGUGUAAGGUGACUAAUUAUACAAAUAGAUGUGUUUCAAUGGGGAUAUUUAAAAUGAAGUAGUAACUUUUAACUGUCAGGAACUUUAACGUGUCAUAUCAAUGCAGUAUUUUUAUUUUUUUUUCCAUUGUUAUUCAAACUUUUCGUGUUUAGUGAAAGAUAGUAUGGCAGUUGUCACUGUGGCAUUUCACAACGCAUUUUAAGCAAGCAGUAGUAAAUAACCAUUGUGAGAGGAUAUAUAUGUUUGCUAUUUAAAGUAGUUAAAAUGUGACCCCACAAUACACACGUAACAAAUGUUUAUUCACGUACUGUUUCAAUGCAUAUAACUUUGCUUACUAUUUUCAAUGUAUUUAAAAAUUUGUGUCCGACCUACGUAAACCUGUGUACAUUGUGAAUGCACUACCUAAGCUGAGAUCCUUCAGUUCUGAAACAGAGACAUAUCAUUUCAGAAAGCAAUGAACCACAGUGGAUUCCCAUGGAGCUCCUUCUUUCCAGGCACUACCACAGCAUGGGAUUGUGUUGGGAAUUCUCCCUGGGAAGUUCAGCAAGUGAGACAAUAUCCCAUUUUCUGUUAAUGGGACCCUGCACUUCUAUCACCUCUGGACACUUCUGCAGAUACGAGAGAAAAGAUGCGGUACAACAGGAUCAUGCUGAAGGGUAUAUCUCCAUUUACACCUGACCCUGCCUUGGCUCUGGAAGGAAAGCUUGUUUAGUUUGGAAGACCUGGAGCCCCAGCCCCAGCCUUUUGAGAGGCUGUUCCAGAGAAACCUAAAAACAACUUUAUGGUUCAUCACUGCCUUACCAGCCUCAGUACAGAAUGGUGGUCAGUGUCAAAGGCAUUCCCUGAGACCUAGAGUGGUUAAGACUUCAUGAACAUCUGGUUUCAAGUCCUCAUGGAAGCAGCCCGUGGCACUUCCAUCAAUAGUACUUUACGGCUGGAGGCUUCAGUGAAGUUCAGCAGGAAAUUCUGAGGCAAGUUCCCGCUGUCUUUCAGUAAGAAUGUAACCAUUUAACUUUGUUGGGCUCUUUCAAAGAUUUGUGUUUAAGGUCUCAAAACACGCCUUGUGCACAAUCAGAAGUAAUCGAGGCUUUUUUAACACACAGCCUGAAAGAGCUCAUCCUUAGCUUUAAUCUGGUCUUAAUCAUUUAAAGCAGCAGCAUUAGACUCUUCCCAAAUAUGCAUAGUGUAUAAGCUGUGUAAUGUGUGUAGCAAAAGCCUUUAAAAUGUAGAGGUUUGCAUUGUGAUUAUCUUUUACAUAUUAACAGUCUGCUUGUAAAUAUUUUAUGCUGUUAGAAAAGUGUGUAAGAACAAAGAACUCUAUUUGAAUGAAAUAACUGUGAAAAAGAGUAGUAAAUAGAAAAUAAUCUCUACCAAAAAUGUUGAAAAGCAGUGCACUUCGAGAAGAACAAAAAGCUAAACCAAGCAAAGCAUGAUAUAACUAUAUGGACUGCAGAUACAGGCUGCAGGCUCUGUAACUUUGUGAGAAACAAGCUAGUGACAUUGCAUUGCCGUGGCUUGCUUAGGGUUUUAGGUCUUACAGUGCUUUUUGGCUGCAUUGUAGAAGUUCUUCUCUGAGGCUGUGUCUUCAAAAACUGCCAGCUAAGAUAUUUGUAUACUUCUAGCUUAGUUCAUGUGGUGGUGGCAUUUGGCAACAUUCCUUGCUAUUGUACAACAGACAGGCCUUAGGAACACAAUAGUCUGAGAAAACGUGGUGGCUGAGCCCACACCAACCCUCAUGUCAAUGAUGUUACAUGAUUUCCUUAACCUUCUGUCUAUCUGCUGGUGACACUUCCUGAGCCAGCCUAAACUGGGCAUUUUCCUCCGUGCGGUUGCACAGUUCAGAUAAACAUCACAUAGUUCUCAGCCAGCAACAGCUCUAAAGUGCCAAUUACAUACUUAAAUAGAUUGUCCAUCAGGUAUCUGUAGUUAGGCUGGCUGCUUUCAGGCAUAAAACAAACAGCAAACACAACAACGGCAUUUAACCCAUCACUAUGAUAACCUCUCAACCUUGGCCAUAUUGAUCACCACAACUGGUCUACUCUGGCCUCAAAUCGGGAGGCCUGGAGACACCCCAUCUAUAACGCUGCUGUCUCCUUUGAGAACACAGCAGGAUCACUCUCGAGGAGAAAAGGCAACGCAGAAAGAACCGUGUAUUGCAGAAUACACCAUCUAAGGAGUCUUUCUGCUGUGCCUUUUGCAAUCAGAUGUGUCUGUCACGUAUUGGCCUCACAAGCCACCAGCGUGUUUGUAACAAACGUGGAUAGAGCCUUCCCAAAUCUCCAUUCGCGAAGCCCAGCCAUGAUGAUGAUAACCCCCAUGACUGAUAACUUUUUUACAGGGUUCAAUUGCCUUCAUGUCCACCCCAUGGUCCUGUGCCACGGUCCGAAAGGGGAGGAUAGGGCGGUGGCACCGCACGGGUCCCGGACACAAAGGUGGGAUGCAGGUAGAGUCCUUUAUUCACACGUGCACCCGGUCUUUCAUCAGCUCGGGAGGGGAAAGGGCCAGAACAUAGGGCAGAGCAUGAGACAGACAGACAGUGGGGACAAACCAGGACUGGGACACGGGCAAAAGGGGAGGAGCGGGGGAAGCAGGGAGCAGGCAAACUCAUGGCAAGCCUGGGCUUGUCCAGGCUGUGCACUGUGUAGUGGGAAUACAAUGAAACCACAUAACAGUAAAGUCCAUAUAAUAAAGUCCUUCCAAUUGCUGUAUGCUUUUCUCCAUGCCUGGAACCGUUCCCAUCCUGAAUCUUACUCCUUCAUAUCUCACCCUUUCUUAUUUGUUUGAAAAUGUCUGUUGUGAUAGUCCUCUUGCAGCAUGCUGUGACACAAGAAAUAGUUAAUAUCAAUACAAACAAAGCAAAAUUUCAAAGCUAGUUAAAAAGGGUUUGUUUAAAUGGACUUGUUUAAAUGGACUUGGGGGAGGACAGAUCUGCAUCUUCCAAAACAGUUUGGACAGUUGCAUCUACUGAGUGACUCCCCCCCUAAAAAAUUGUUUCCAGCCUGAGAUGCCACUGCUCCAUGAUGUCUAAAAGCUUAGUGAUAGUGGUCUUCUGUGGACUGCGAGAUCCUGGAAAGUAAACAGAACAUGUUAGAAAUGGUCUUUCUGCUUGUACAGCUGGAAGGGAGAACUUAGGAUUGGGGUCACGUGGUAAGGGCACAACUUGCGUAAUCUGUUCAUCUGAUUUAAGCAGGGAAUGGUAGGUUUAACAUGAUUCAUUCUAAUUGCUGUGGUUUCCUGGCACCUGCUGAAGGGAUGGGCUAUGCAGGAUGGAACGCAGUUGAGGGGGUGUUUGUGUUAUCAUGCCACCCCUGGAGCUUGCUGCCUGGUUUCCUGACAGUUCACAGGUGCACUGUUUAAGAUCUGGCAUUGAAUUAGAAGUCACUUUUCUCCUUAAGUCGGGUGACUUUUUCGGGGGCAGCAGUUCUCCGUAGAGGUUAGUGAGGGAGCAGCAAUCCUUAGUCCAGUAUCUGUUUUUGCCACAUCGCUUGCGCGGUGUCUUUGGAAGCUCAAAUUUUGUGGUUAAUCGUGCGCAGUUCUUUUUUAUAUGUCCUGUCUCACCACAAUGAAAACAGGUCUGUGGCCCAACUAAGGCUUCAGCUACUAGUCUUGCUUUAUGAGAAUUAGACUCCACAUUCUUGCAAGCUUCUAUCAUCUCCAGAAGUGUGGGAUCUUUUAGCAUUUUUAAAGCUUGUUGGCAAUCCUCGUUAGCUUUUUCAACCACAAGCUUAUUAAACAGAAUGUCUUGGCUUUCUUUCUGCUGGACUUGGCAUGCUAUAGCUUCUUUUAGCCUGGUUAUAAAGUCCACAAAAGGUUCUUUUGGGCCCUGAUGAAUUAGGGUGAAUGAAGGUGUUUGGACAUAUGUAUCAGCAACCUUUUUAAAGGCUUCCAUUGACAGUUCUUUUGUAAUGUCCAGAUAUUUUAAAUUCACAAGAGACUGGUCUUGUUGGCUGGCGUAGCUGCCCUCCCCAUACAGCAUGUCAAUGGCACUGCUUGUUGGAAUACCACGCCUCUCCAUCUUUUCAUUGACAUAUUUAACUAUAAGCCGUUUCCAUUCCGCCUCAAAAAUGGAUGCUUGCACAGUCAAUAACAGUCCAUUAAUUACCGCUUUGAUAUCAUACGGUAUUAAACGGCAGGCGAGGAAAAACGAUUCAAAAAGCCCAACGGUGUAAGGUGAACCUAAACCAUACUGCACAAUUGCGUGUUUGAUGUCUUUCAACACAGGGCAUGGCACCAGACGCCAUUCUGGAGCACGACCGUCCUCUAGAUAAAUUGGAAAGGCUUUUAAAAACUCGGUGUCGUUAGCCUGUGCUAACUGGAACUGGUUAUUUGGUGUUGUAGCAUCAUCAGAACCAACCUCCCGGCGAUUAAUGCUUCAACAGCAACUUUGUCUCCCCUCUCUUUCGCUUUCCAGAUAUUAUUUCCAAUUUUCUCCCAGUCUUUUAGAGACAUACUGCUGGAGACUGCUUCCCCUCUAUUUUCCAGCCAUUUAGCAAGGGCUUUUGCAGAUUUUUUUGUCUAAGGGGUGUCCAUUUUCCAAAAUAAAUUCUUUAACUCGCGGUAUACAAACUUUUGAGGGGUAGGUAGCGAGAGACCCAUAUUUCUGGAUUUACUUAGGCUUCUAUUAGUCUGCAGUUGGUUUUAAAAAAUUUUUGUUAGGGUGGGAGAUGGGAUUAGAUGUUUUCCCGGUGCUCACCUUUCUCAGUGCAGCGGCCGUCUUGCUGUGAUCUGGGGUUCAGCCAGGAAGGACAGCGGGACAAAAACACUUCUCUCUGCGUGGUCUGAGCCCUUGUGGCGUGUGGGAGGUUUUUUAAGAUAAAAAUCUCUACCUUUGCUUCACGUUGGACGCCAUAUGCCGCGGUCCAAAAGGGGAGGAUAGGGCUGUGGCACCGCACAGACACAAAGGUGGGAUGCAGGUAGAGUCCUUUAUUCACACGUGCACCUGGUCUUUUAUCAGCUCGGGAGGGGAAAGGGCCAGAACAUAGGGCAGAGCAUGAGACAGACAAGCGGGAGGACAAACCAGGACAGGGACACGGGCAAAAGGGGAGGAGCAGGGGAAGCAGGGAGCAGGCAAACUCAUGGCAAGCCUGGGCUUGUCCAGACUGUGCACUGUGUAGUGGGAAUACAAUGAAACCACAUAAUAACAGUAAAGUCCAUAUGAUAACUCUAAGGUCCAUAUAAUAAAAUCCUGUCAAUUGCUGUAUGUUUUUCUCCAUGCUUGGAACUGUUCCCAUCGCAGUCCUGCUCUCCGACCCUGUGUCCAGUUCUUGGCCAGUUCUGGGCCAGUUCCUGUGCUCAGUUCUGGGCCCCUCAGUUCAGGAAGGAUAUUGAGGUGCUGGAGCAGGUCCAGAGAAGAGCAACAAGGCUGGGGAAGGGACUUGAGGACAAGUACUAUCAGGAGAGGCUGAGGGAGCUGGGGGGGCUCAGCCUGGAGAAGAGGAGGCUCAGGGGAGACCUCCUCACUCUCUGCAACUCCCUGACAGGAGGGGGGAGCCAGGGGGGGGUUGGGCUCUUUUCCCAGGUAACUCUCAGCAAGACAAGAGGGCUGGGUCUUCAGCUGUGCCAGGGGAGGUUUAGGUUGGAUAUUAGGAAGAAAUUCUUUCCAGAGUGGGUAAUCAGACGUUGGAAUGGGCUGCCCAGGGAAGUGGUGGAUUCUCCAUCCCUGGAGGUGUUUAAGACUGAAUGUGGCAUCAGUGCCAUGGUGUGGUAAACACAGCAGUAGUGGAUCAAGGGUUGGACUUGAUGAUCUUAGACAUCCCUUCCAACCCAGCUGAUUCUGUGAUUCUAUGAUUCUUGCUAUUUAGAUGGGGGGAAAAAAAGGAUGUUUUUUAAUAGCCAUAGUCCAAGAAAAUACACAUAAAAGUGAGCUUUAACAUCUCCAUUUUAGCCUUAGCUAUUGUCAGUGUUGGUGCAAGGUACAGGUAAUGCAGGCAACUCCACUGUUGGAGGCAAUGUGAUUGCAUGUCCGUACAAAAACCUUUAAUUCUACUUUGAUUUCCUUUUCUUAUUUUGGAGCUGUGGGGAUAUUUUGUUAGUUCAAUUCCCUGCUGUACUUAAAGCAGGUUUCCGAGAUUCAUGGGUUCACAUAUAACAGUGAUAAUAUGAUUUACAAAAUACCUAGGACUGAAGAGAAAAAAAACCCUAUUGUUGAUGCAAUCUUCAGUGGGCACAUUCCACUGGGAAGUAUUGGAUAAGGCAUAGAUCAUGGAAGAUUUCAGAACAGAAUUUUAAAUUAGGACAGGUCAAGAGCUUAACAGCAGUGGAUGUUAAACAACCAAGAAGAUGAUGUAUUCUUGAAGCUGUGAAAAGAUGGAGAAUAUUUUCUUUAACCCUAAAAAUAUUAGAAAAUUCCUUCAAACACACCCCAGAAUCCAAGCUUGUUACCAUCUAGGCUGAUUUGAGCAUACAGGAAACUGAAUAAGGUCUCCCUUUCCAAUUGGUUUUAAGUGGAGCAAAGGCUACAAAGGACACUUAACCUUUCAUUCAUAUUAUUUGAUGAAUUGGAAUGUUUAUUUUUGCUCUGUAUUACAAAAUAAAUGCUAAUUCAGCCACCUAUGGAGAAAAUAAAGGUUUUCACAAGCUGC